AUGUUUGAUUUAGAACCUCAUAUCGGUCAUGCCUACACCCUCUGCAUGGCUGACGCGUGGUCGCGUUUCUCCGCCAUGCGACAUCAUCCCAGUCUUCAGGCAUUUCCCCCUCAACGCGUUUUUUUAAGACCACCAUCCUCUCAAACCGGUUUCCUUUGCACUGGUGUCGACGAACACGGCAGCAAGGAUCUCUGUGAGAAAUUGAACAUCUCAACAGGUGCCUUCACUCGAACCACUAGUGAGGUUCACAAACGCACAGUUUACGAAGCUUGGCGAUAUCUGGAACGGUCGGGCUUCCUCUACUGGAGCACUUUUGCCGGGUGGUACUCAAUUAGCGACGAGACUUUCUACGCAGACUGGGAGGUUGUCGACUCGCCUUCUUUGAGUGGGACUAAGGUUGCGAAGACUACACACAGCGAGGUGAACUGGGUGGAGGAGGAGACCUGUCGGUUCUGCCUCUCACCCCUAAAGGCUAAAAUUCAUGCAUGGCUGGACUCGGGAGUCCUUCCUCACCAAUCGCCGGAACAUGAUGGACUGUUGGCGCUGACUCAUUCCAGUCUCGAUCUUCUCCAAGAUCCCUCUGUCUCGCGACCCAGCGCAAGAGUCCCCUGGGGCAUUCCUGUUCCUGGCAGACCCGACCAAACUAUCUAUGUAUGGUUUGAUGCUCUGAUGAAUUACCUAACGGCAGGAAAGGUUUUUCUGAACUCUGCUGUGAAUAAGCAGGCGGUUUGGCCACCGGAUUGUCAGUUUAUCGGCAAAGAUAUUCUUCGUUUUCACGCUAUACUCUGGCCGGCAAUUUUGUUGGCUUUGGGCCUCUCGCUGCCCAAGAAGAUAAUUCCGCAUGCACAUAUUUUGGUGGAAGGGACAAAGGCGAGUUUGGAUGCACCGCAUUCUUAUCAUUCAUGUGAUUCAUAG